GCCCGGCGGGUGCAGUGGAUUUUGACAAGUGCACGGUGGCGAUGAGGCAGCACCAAGGCAAACUUGCUUUCCUCGAGACUCUGGAGUCCAAGUUCAGCCUGCUCCCCCCGAGGGCGCUCGAGGAGGAGGCCGUGCCCGACGAGGUGCGGGGCGAUCUCGCGGGUACGGUGCGGGAUGCGAGCCUAGAGCACUUUGGCCUCAAGCGGUAUGACACGGAGGACAUCGAGAGGGCGACCGCUGCUCGCAAGUGCCUGCUGAUGGAGCGGGCCGCUAUCCGCGCCACGCACGUCCUUGAGGGCGAGCGCGAGAGGGAGGGCAGAAAUCACAUCAGGCGCGAAAGAGAGCCCCAGGCCCAGGAUGAGCAGGCGGAUGCCCAGCUCACCCGACGUCAGGAGGAGCUGAAGGAAGUCACGGGGCGCCUGCGCACCCUCCAGCGACAGCAGAGGCGACGCCUACACAAGAUGCGGAGCGAUGCCCUGGCUGAGGCGGAACGUGUUAGCGAUGAUGCCACUAUGUGGGGGAUGGCCCACCUGCUGGGCGAGCGGUCGCGGUGGGUUCGGCGUCGGGUCUACGACGCGCCGAGGUUGGAGCGCGCGGCUGCAGCCUGGCGGCAGACGAUGCAGAGCGUGGGGCGCAAGGGCGGCCAUUCGGCCACGGAGCUGGAUCAGCG